UUGUAUUUUAUUUCUAUUUUUAUUUUUAUUUUUAUUUUUAUUUUUAUUUUAUUUUUUAUUUUUUCUAAAAUUUAGUUCAACCUGAAAUAAAUAUUAGUUUAAUUGGUAAACAAAUUGAAAAUGAAAUAAUAUAUAUUGAAUGUUAUGUUGAAUGUCGACCAAAAUUAAUUAAAAUUGAAUGGUUUAAUGGAAGUUAUUUAUUAAAUUUAACUAAUCAAAAUCGUUUAUCAUUUAUUUUAACAAGAUAUAUGCAUAAAAAUAAUAUUAUUUGUCAAGCAACAAAUCAAGUUGGAAAACAAAAUCAAUCGAUAACACUUGAUAUUAUUUAUAAACCAAUAUUUAUAGAUAAUUAUGGAAAUGAAUUAAAAAAUUAUUCAGUUAUAUUAGUUAAUGAAGGAGAAUCAAUUAAAUUAGAAUGUUUUGUUGAUUCAUCACCAUUAUCAUUAAUAAGUUGGAUAUAUAAUAAUAAUAUUAUUUUAAGAAAUAAAAAUAUUUAUUAUAUUGAUUAUUUUAUAUCAAUUA